UCCGGGGCAGGGGCUGACUGAUCAGUGAAGUGGUUUGGGGGAAAGUAACCAUUGUUGUUAACUGGGUCGAUGCUGUAGAGUUUAACUGCAACUUCUCUACAGCCUUACCAGAGCCACAGGAGUGGAGCUUUUGGUGUGUCAUGAAAGAAAUGUCAAGCGGGCAGCAGCCUCAGAAACAUUAUGGCAUCACCUCUGCCAUUAGUCACGCACCCCCGAGAGAAAUAGACAACCAAUACACAAAGAAACUCAGCGAUGCUAUGAAACCAUUCGGGGUGUUUGAGGAUGAAGAUGAACUAAACCAUAGACUUGCAGUUCUCGGGAAAUUAAAUAACUUUGUUAAAGAAUGGAUAUCAGAGAUCAGUGAGUCUAAGAACCUUCCCCCAUCUGCAGUAACUAAUGUUGGGGGAAAGAUAUUCACGUUUGGUUCUUACCGGCUCGGGGUGCACACAAAAGGAGCUGAUAUCGAUGCCUUAUGUGUGGCUCCUCGUCAUGUAGAGAGGACUGACUUUUUCUCUUCAUUCUUUGAGAAGAUCAAACUCCACGAAGAGAUCAAAGACCUCAGGGCUGUGGAGGAUGCCUUUGUACCAGUGAUCAAGUUCAAAUUUGAUGGAAUAGAGAUUGAUCUGCUGUUUGCCAGACUGGCCCUGCAGUCCAUACCAGACAACCUAGACCUGAGGGGUGACUCCAUGUUGAGGAAUCUUGAUAUUCGCUGUAUACGCAGCCUCAACGGGUGCAGGGUGACAGAUGAGAUAUUGUACCUGGUGCCAAACAAGGAGAACUUCAGGCUGACUCUGAGAGCAAUCAAACUAUGGGCCAAACGUCGUGGGAUCUACUCCAACAUGCUGGGUUUCCUGGGAGGUGUGUCGUGGGCCAUGCUGGUGGCCAGAACCUGCCAGCUCUACCCCAACGCUGUGGCUGCCACCUUAGUCCACAAAUUCUUCCUGGUCUUCUCUAAAUGGGAAUGGCCAAACCCGGUGCUUUUGAAACAGCCAGAAGACAGCAAUCUGAACCUUCCAGUGUGGGACCCCAGAGUCAACCCGUCUGACAGAUACCAUCUGAUGCCAAUCAUUACACCGGCCUAUCCCCAGCAGAACUCCACCUACAACGUCUCCACCUCCACACGCACCAUCAUGAGCGAGGAGUUCAAAUAUGGUCUCAGCGUCACGGAUGAGAUUCUUCAGGGUAAAACGGAGUGGUCGAAACUCUUUGAGCCGCCCAACUUCUUUCAAAAGUACAAGUAAGUAUUCUUCAAUGGGUGAUGACCUCAUGAAAGCCUGUUUUGAUUAGUAUUAGCAUUUCAUGUUUUGGUGUAAUAUGAGAAGAUCAUUUUGGGAGCUGUUUUCGAAUGCUUGUAUGUCAUGCCUACUCUUGGGUGUAUUUGUAACAUAAAUGAUUACCAAGCUGAAUACCAUUACUUUAUAGGGGUAUACAAGUUGAAGACAAAAAAAUACAAAAAAUGUCAGCUACUCGACUAGCUGGAUAACGUAACAACGUUGUAUUGUUAUAGUUCAAACAUUCUCAUACACGGGCACACACAUCCACAUGAGCUAUAGACAGUAGUUUGUAGUGGUGCAACGGAUCACGGAUCACCCGUGAUCGGUACGGCUCAACCAUCAUGGUUGGGGCAGCAAGUGAUCCGUGAAUCGGCUGACUAUGCAAAAAAACGGAUACAAUUGUGCGUUCACGUGAUCGGCGCAUGUUUAAAGGACGAUUCCGGUAUUUAGCGCAUUGAGCCCCCUUUCUGGUUUGUCUAGGAUGAAAUAAUGUGGUUGACACCGAAAUGUUGACGAUUGGUCCUGUCUUGGGUAAUCGGCUCAUUUCAUAUCGCCCCUGCCUGCUUCAGAAUGGCUGGCUAUGGGCAUUCAAAAACCUGUCCUUAAAACAACCCUAAACGUUCGUUUUCAGAAAAGUGCAACUCACUAAGUGGUUAUUGGUGUUCGUUGAUGUUACUAAUCAAUUAUUGUAGCGAAAAAUAGCUUCUGUCGUGUUUUAUUUGGCAUUUUGAAAAAAACAUUGAAACGGUGACGAAACGGAAAGGGGCUGUUUAUAUUUGGUUGUAGAAUUUUCGCUCGGUAGGGUAACAGUAGGGCUAGAACCGAGCAAAAAGACUACAACAAGCCCCCCUUUCCGUUUCCGUUCAACAAGCAAUGAGUCUUCCUACAGAAAUCAAUGGAUUUACAAAAUGCCAAAUAAAACAUGACAAACUGUAUUUCGCUACGACACGAGUGUAGAGUCCACACCUUUAAUAAGUCCAUGGUCUGGUCCAGUGUUUCCGCUAGAAGACAUUGGUGUCGGUCAUAUGACCGGGAAGGUUUCAUUUUACCGUCAAAUUGGAAAAAAAUCGGUUGGAUAUUGUCCGUGUUUAUUGCACUUAAAAAAAUUGAUAGGCAGGCUAUAUAAAGAGGAAGAAGUGUGUGAUCAUAUUUUGAUUCGCCAUGGUUGUUAAAUACAGGUACUCCGCAAAGCUUGCCGCAGGCUUUCGCUAGCUUGCCGCCGUUUAGUUCAUAAACCUACGGUAGUCUAUAGCGAUCAAUUUGAGCGAGUGCACGAAAUGUCACAACUUAUUUAGGCCCCGUCCACACGAAGCCGAUUUCAUGGCGAAACCGCAAAGGUCUUGUACGGUUCGGCCUUCCGUCCACACGAAGCCGGCGAAUCCGCUGACCGAAACCGCAAACUUCUGAAACCACCCUCGGAGGUGGUUUCAAAUCUAUCCGGUUUCGUUUUGGUUUCGUGUGGACGCCUGAAACCGACUGAAACCGCAAACCAUGACGUCAUCGCCCCACCCCUCGACCUCCUAGCCAAUGGCUCUUAAGCCCGCGGAGUCUCAGAAAUCACAACAAAAAAGAUGAUGGCGGACUACAAGCUUGUAAUCGUUCUGCAGCAUAUCAUGUCCCUUGUUGGGUUGCUAAGCCAUUCUUUAUUGAGAAUCUAGUUCGCCAUCGUAGAAGAGCUGUUUGUUUGUGUUGUUAGUGGUUCGGGGGGCAGCCUUUAUGCGCAUGCUCGCCUCUUCUUCUUCUGGAUUUGUGUACCAGAAGCAGCGCCCCUUAUGGGCCUGGAAUGUUUACUACAGCGUUUCUACAGAUCUAUCCGGUUUCGCUUGGCUUCGUCUUUACGGAGAUACUUCGAAACCGGAUAGAUCGAAACCGUAACGGUUUCGCCCGUUUCGGCUUCGUGUGGACGGGGCCUUAUUUUAUCACAAAGGCUACGCUACAAUCAAAACCCUCAUUGUUUUACAUGAAUUGGCUAAACAAAUUACCACUGUAGCAUAUUUGAACACAAUUCAAAUGAACACAUUCAAAAGUAUUUCUGCUCAAUUUAAAAGGUUGAAUCUCCUCGUGACUGAAUAACUAUACCUCGGAUUGCACUUUAUUUUGUUUUAAUUAUUUUAAGAUUGAAUUUAUACAUUGGAAGCAAUUAAAAAAAAAAAAUGUUAUGCUAAAAGGAAGCAGAAUUAUUACUUACUAUUAUUACCAAAUUUUUCACUCUAUUUUGUUUUAACACAUUUGAAGAUUUUAUUUUUGUAGUUGAUCCGACCCGCGACUCAAAAACCGUGACACCAUCCGAACAGUGAGAUUUGUGAUCCUUUGCACCCCUAGUAGUUUGGGUACACCACUUCUGUGCUGAAUUUCCUAAAUGCUCAAAAACAUCAGAUAUUAGACCUCAAGUGUAAGGAUCUUGAAUACUUUAUAUUGUCUUAGUGUUAUAACUUUUCAUAUGCUUACUGCGUCAUUACGUGCACCACGAUUCAGAUUAGGUUUUAUUGUGUUGUGGUGGCAGAGUAAAUGAUGUGUAAUCAUUUGCUUAACCAAACCAGACUAACAUGUACACUGCAUCACUGCGUGAUUUGGAUUAUUCUUUCUAACCUGUCGCCUAUUUGAACUA